AUGUUAAAAUUCCCAUCUCCAUAUGAUAAAAUUCUUCCUGAUCAAAUUAAAACUGAGAAAACACCUGAAUAUAAUAGAGACAAUAAUAUCUGUAAUCAAAUUAUUGGUUCACUUGUAGGAUUGGCUAUUGGUGAUGCUUUAGGAGCGAGUGUAGAAUUUCGUCCACAACAAUAUCUUGCUGCUAAUCCCGUUAGUAAAAUGCAAGGUGGGGGUACAUGGGGCCUGGAUGCAGGUAAAUGGACUGAUGAUACAUCAAUGGCAUUAUGCCUUGCUUCAUCAUUAAUUGCUGAAAAUGGUUUUAACCCCUAUAAUCAAAUGGUUCGUUAUAAAUGGUGGCAUAAACAUGGAUAUUUUUCAUCGACAGGACAUUGCUUUGACAUUGGUAAGGCAACUCGUCAAUCUAUUGUAGAAUUUACAUUGCGUCAAGAAAUUCUUAAAAUACCUUAUCGUUGCCGUAAUGAGUAUGAAGUUGAUACAUUGACAUUGGAUUCUAUCGAACGUAUCAAAGAUUUUAAUAUGUAUUGCAGUGAAGAAGAUUCUGCUGGAAAUGGUGCUCUUAUGCGUCUUUGUCCUGUACCAUUAUUUUAUUUUAAAACACCUGAUAUUGCUGUUGAAUACGCCGGUCGUAGUGCUUUACUUACUCAUUCCGAUAAGAAAGCAGUUGAUGCAUGUCGUUAUUAUGCAGCUCUGAUUAUAGGUGCUCUUAACGGUUACGAUAAAGAUGAGUUACUUCAUAAAGACUUUUAUAAAAAAAACAAACAUUGGUUCGGUAAUGAAUCAAUACAUGAAGAUAUUAUAUUAGUUGCUGAAGGAUCAUUUAAAAAGAAAGGUGGAUAUGAACAAGGUAUUCGUGGAAAAGGCUAUGUUGUUAACUCUCUCGAAGCUGCUCUAUGGGCUUUUUGGUCUGAUGGAAACUCGUUCGAAAAAGGUGCUCUUGCUACCGUUAAUCUUGGUGAUGAUACUGAUACAACAGCUGCUAUUUAUGGUCAAUUAGCUGGUGCUUACUAUGGAUAUAAAAAAAUUCCAAAAGAAUGGUUAGACAAACUUUAUGCUCGUGAAUUGAUCGUCUGUAUGGGUGAAUGGCUUCAUUUUCAAGGUAGUCAGCGUGGAUUGGUAGAUUUCUUACAAUAUUCUAUUACAUCACCUUCGAUCUUAACUGAAACUUCCAGAUCUCAAGAGCAGAAACAAAACCAACAGACUGCUAGUGCAGCAACAGCAUCGGCUGAACCAAAUAAGUCCAAAGAUGCUAAUGUGAAUAAUAAAUCUAAUAAUAUGAGUUACUCUAAACAAUUAUCAAACUCUAUACAUUCUAAUGAUUUAGAAUCUGACUUUGAUGGUGUAAGUUCAUUUAUGUCAAGCAAUGACCAAGAUACUUAUACACGAAAGACACAUACAUAUGGAUUUUAUCGUAAUAAUUCAAAGAAUUAA